AUGAAAGAAGAAUUUUCCGACCCAUUUGCAACUAUAUAUCUUUACUCUGGUCGUCCAAACCCAGUUUGGUCGCUAACCCCUGAACAAUGGGGAGAUUUAAAUCAAAUAAUUCAAACACUACCGAGUUCAGGUGAAGAAAACCAAGGUCCUUAUCAGUUUAGUGGUGGUUUGGGUUAUUCUGGAUUUUAUGCACAUUUUUCAAUCAUAUCGAGCUAUCCUGAUGUUUAUUAUGUAGCUGCUGAUCAACAAGCAGUUUUAUCCAAUCCUGGCGGACAUCGAAUUUUCAGUGACAAAGACAAACUUGUUGAAAAAUGGUUUAUAGAUAGUGCAAAAAAGCAUGGGAUUUCAUUGCUCUAG